CGCGGCGGGAGGAGGGCAGCGAGAUGGCGGCGGCCGGGCAGACGGUGCUGGGCACUGCCGGCCGCGGCCGGCCUGACAGGCAGCGACGGUGACGGAGGGCCCGAGGCCGCGGGCAUGGCCGGCGAGCGAACUGGCGGCCGAGAGAGGGGGCGAGGAGGAGUAAGAGGUGGGGCCGACUUCGUGGCCGUCCUGCCCCCGGAGGUCAGCUCCCGGAUCUUCGGCGACCUGGACGUCGAGAGCUUGUGUCAGGCGUCCGUGGCGUGCAAGGGCUGGCACCGCGUCAUCGAGGGCAACGAGGGCCUGUGGCGGCACCACUGCCUCAGCGCCAGGGCCGUCUGCCAGCGGGAGGUCGACUGCGACCGCGGCAACGGCUACUCCUGGAAGAUCACCUUACUGAGAAACUACUGGAAAAGCAAAGUGAAGCAAGAGUGGCUGAGUGGGAAAUACAGCAACAUUCCUUCCCAGAAAAGCUUGCCAGAGAAAAGCAUGUAUCCAAUGGACGCCGACACAUGGGGAGAAAUCCUGGAAGCAGAACUCGAGAGAUGAGAAACCAGUGCUGGUCCCUGCAGCUCAAGAAUCCUCUAUCAAUAACUCACAGACUGCCAAGCUAUAAAUAUUUUGCCAUUCAAAAUCAGUUGUGUUUGCAAAUAGGCUGAAAGCCUCUCAAAAAGAAAACUAUUUUUUUAAUUAGUAUUUGCACUUUAUCCAUAAAAUGUUAAAUAAGACUAAAGAUUAAGUUUUAAUUUUAUGACUGUAGACUUAAUGCUCUGCUGUAUUGCCAAAAGCUGUUGGUUGUACUUGCAAUUUGCACUUUUUAUUUUGAAGAGAUGACUUUUUUAUUAAAAAAAAGUGUUUGACUUGAA